UGUAACUAUGUUCUUGACGACCCUGAACAACCAGGAUCCAAGAAGUUCAAAAUCUACAGCAAGAAACACUUCAGGAUCUACAGAGAGGACAGUGAGGUCUUUGUGGAGGACUACAGUAAUAACGGAACGUUUGUCGACGGGAACCUGAUUGGUAAAAACAAGAAGCUUCCUUUGGUCAACAAUGCCGUCCUCGCCCUGGCUGAGCAACGCAACAAAGUCUUUGUCUUCAUUGACCUCAUGUCUGAUGAUCAGUCGACUUUACCUAAAGAACUUCAGGAGAAAUAUCUGCUCACUCGACGAAUCGGAAUGGGAGUGUGUGGUGAAGUCAGACUGGCCUUUGAGAGAUCGACCUGUAAGAAAUUUGCGGUGAAAAUAAUCAACAAGCACAACUUUAAGUCUGAAGGGACAGCGACACGAAAUGCAAAGACAGAGAUCAAUAUUCUCCAGAGGAUCGACCACCCGUGUCUCAUGAGGACGGAGGACUUCUACCAGACGGACGACAGCUUCUACAUCGUGUUGGAGCUGAUGGAGGGCGGAGAACUGUUCAACAGAAUCAAGUCUCAGCAGCAGCUUCAAGAAUCUGUCGCCAAACUUUACUUCUACCAGAUGCUGCGAGCGGUGCAGUACCUCCACAGUAAUGGGAUCAUCCACAGGGACCUGAAACCAGAGAACGUCCUUCUGUCCUCACAGGAUGACGUCUGUCUCAUUAAGGUGACAGACUUUAACCAGUCCAGGAUCCUGGAGGAGACAGUGUUGAUGAGGACACUGUGCGGGACGCCCUCGUAUCUCGCUCCUGAGGUCUUCACUCAGGCGUCCACCACAGGUUACGGUCUCGCUGUGGACGCCUGGAGCCUCGGAGUCCUGCUCUUUGUCUGUCUGGGUGGUUAUCCUCCGUUCCAUGAGACGUUCAGUCAGUCUGUCACAGAUCAGAUCACCAGAGGAGAAUUUACAAUGGUUAAGUCCAAGUGGAGACGAGUCUCUGACCAAGCUAAAGAUGUGGUGAGGAAGCUGCUGGUUGUUGAUCCCAGUGACAGGAUGACGAUAGAAGAAGCUCUGUCUCAUCCCUGGUUACAGGAUCAUGUGAUGAUGGCGACUGCUUACAGGCUGAUGUACCCUGCUGGAGACGCUGCUGCCAUGGAGGCGGAGUCAACCUCUGGGAGGAAACGAGCACGAGAAGGAGACGAAGACGAUGAACACCCCGGAAAACGGAUCCAAGCCCCACCCCCUGUCCUGUUGUAGUGGACCAAUCCGAUUCAGGCGUUCCUCGGGUCAUGUGACUCAGCUGUUCCCUGCUGAAACUGUCCAGUGUAAAUAAAGUUUCAAAUGUUUUU